AUGUCUGACGACACUACCAAUCUCAUCGACCUCGAUCAGCCCAUAGCUCUCCGCCGUGGCAAGCGACGAAGCGAUGCAAUUUCUCCAAGCAAGCCGACAGCCACUGGCUCUGCAGUACACAACUCCGCCAACGGUGCACCUCAUACCCCCGCUAGGACGAGAUCUAAGAAACGAGUCCGCUUCUCUAAUCCAGGGUCACUUACCGCUACGUCUUCCGCCGCAACCAGCGGCUUGACUCCAUACAUAGGACGUGCAAACCUUAGCACACCUCGAAGACGCGCCUCCACACCCACCGCUGCUCGGAGUGAACCAUUAGAAAUACAGUUCACGCCCUUCCGUGCGGUCCUUGAUGGUCGAACUCAACGUCGGCUUCGCCGCAAUGGCCUCAGCCAGGAGAUGAACGCUUACGAAUCCGAACGAAGGGACAAAGCUCAACUCGAGAAGGCACUACAUGCAAAGGAUCACGAAUUGGAGGAACUGAAGAAACAACUCGAAGCUGCUAAACAUGAAAAUGCUGUUGCCAAUCAUUCAACAGUUGAGGAGUUGUCUUCCAGCCAGAAAAUUGUUGAAGCGGAGCUCGAGGACUUGCGCCAGAGCUUCAAUGAAGGAAACAUGCCGGCCGGCUUUGACGACGACAUGGACAUCAAUUGGGAUGCUGUGAAUGUGCAUAAGGCCGUUGCUCCUCCUUGUCCUGCUAGUGAUAGCGGUGACACCAUUCCCAUCUAUGAUGAUGAUGCAGCCGUUCUGGAGCCAAACACCCCCGACGGAAGAAAUCGAAUCUCUACUCAUUCAGAACCGGUCGAUACCACGAUAGAUGAGGAGAUACUGGCCAUGGCUCUUGAUCUCGAGUCGGCCAAACAAGAAAAGAGAAAACUCUUCAACGACGUUCGAGGAGAUAUUCCCGCGUUGCAAGCCGUCCCGUCAAGUUCGACCAAUCUAGGCGCAUCUCUCCAUUUCGAAGACUCUCCAGCUCCAUCUACUCAAGAGCAGCAGCAACGACAACCGUCCUUCACCACAUCCACAACUUCGCUCCCCUCCCCACCCAAGACCUUCUACGCCGACCUGUCUAAAACCCUCAAAUCCACCAUCCACCGCGCCGAAAAUGCCGAACUCGUCCUUCACAACCUCGAGGCGGACCUCCGCGCCCUCGGGUUUAGUCCCUCAGACGAUGACUGCUCAAUCUCCUCUAUCCUCGACAACAUCCGCGCCCACUUUCGCCAAGCUCGCCUAGAUCUCGAACGCGCCCUCCCAGGAGAGACGCCCAGCGGCCUCCACGAAUCCGCACAAGUCCUCCCUGCAGCGAUCUCUAAGCUGAAGCUCCUCUCCCGCCGUGUGCAAGAACGCGAAGCAGAGCUCCGAAGCAUGCACGAGCAGCAGCGAACCUUGAAGGGGAAUUUCGAAUGCGGUCUCCGCGCCGCUGAGAAAGCGAACCAGCGGAUCAAGGAGCUAGAAGAAGCAGUCGAAGAGGGCGCCGACGACUUAUUAGCCAUGCGCAUGAAACUGCAAGCCACCGAAAAAGAUGGCCGGAUCGAAGACCUGGAAGCCAAAGUUGCGGCGGAGUCCACUGGGCGGCAUAAAGCGGAAGAAAGCGCGGUUCAGCGGCUGGCGAAGAUCGAAGCUCUGAAUGCCGUGCAGAUCCAGCUCUCGACUCUGGAGGCGCAGAAGGCCGAGUCGGAACUCAAGCUCCAGCAAAGCAGCCAGGAAAAGGAUCAGCAGCAUGCAAACUCGCUCCAGAGUCUGAACACGCGCCUCUCGACGCUCAGCACCGCGCUCGCGACCUCGCAGGCCGAAUCCACGCGUCUCAACGCCCUGAUCCGGAAGAGCUAUGUCCGCGGCUGUAAGGUCAGGGGCGCGAACUGGGAGAUGGAGGAUGAGGACGAUGUUGCCGAAGCCGGUGGCGAGGGGGAGCCGUUGACGCCGGUGAGUCUGGUCCGGUUUGUGGAUGUGGAGGAUGGCGAGCGUGAGGCUGGGCUUGAGAGGGAGGGGAGUGAAGAUGUGAAUGGCGAAGGGGAGGUGGAAGGCCGGGUUGAGGUCGAGAGGGGGCGGCGGCGGAGCAGGUCCAGCAGUGUCAAGAAAUCUAACCUUUCGAGGGGGUUGGGCAUCGAGAUGAGUAUGGGUAUGGGCAGGGGUUUGGAUGCGACGAAGAAAGGGGCGAGCGGUGGUGCUGGACAGAGGAGGAAGAGGAGAUUGGACAGCGGGAUCGGGAUGGGCUGUUUGGGUGAGGAAGAAGAGGAGAUGGAGACGGAUACCGAGUUGAUGUCUUCUGAUGCUAUGCUACCCUCUUCCGACCCCGAUUUUGAUAUCCAUGAGGAUGCUUCCGAGGUGGCUUUGCCGUCUUCUGAGCUGGGCAUGGAGGGGGCCACUGUGGUGGGACAGGAGUAG